CCGCCCCUCCUCCCUCCUUGCAGAGCCGGCGCCCGAGGAGACGCACGCAGCUGACAUUGUCUUCUCCGCACGACUGUUACAGAGGUCUCCAGAGCCUUCGCUCUCCUGCGCAAAAUGGCAACUCUUAAGGAAAAACUCAUUGCACCAGUUGCAGAAGAAGAGGCAACAGUUCCAAACAAUAAGAUCACUGUAGUGGGUGUUGGACAAGUUGGUAUGGCAUGUGCUAUCAGCAUUCUGGGAAAGUCUCUGGCUGAUGAACUUGCUCUUGUGGAUGUUUUGGAAGAUAAGCUUAAAGGAGAAAUGAUGGAUCUGCAGCAUGGGAGCUUAUUUCUUCAGACACCUAAAAUUGUGGCAGAUAAAGAUUAUUCUGUGACCGCCAAUUCCAAGAUUGUAGUGGUAACUGCAGGAGUCCGUCAGCAAGAAGGGGAGAGUCGGCUCAACCUGGUGCAGAGAAAUGUUAAUGUCUUCAAAUUCAUUAUUCCUCAGAUCGUCAAGUACAGUCCUGAUUGCAUCAUAAUUGUGGUUUCCAACCCAGUGGACAUUCUUACAUAUGUUACUUGGAAACUAAGUGGCUUACCCAAACAUCGUGUGAUUGGAAGUGGAUGUAAUCUGGAUUCUGCUAGAUUUCGCUACCUUAUGGCUGAAAAACUUGGCAUUCAUCCCAGCAGCUGCCAUGGAUGGAUUUUGGGGGAACAUGGCGACUCAAGUGUGGCUGUGUGGAGUGGCGUGAAUGUGGCAGGUGUUUCUCUCCAGGAGUUGAAUCCAGAAAUGGGAACUGACAAUGAUAGUGAAAAUUGGAAGGAAGUGCAUAAGAUGGUGGUUGAAAGUGCCUAUGAAGUCAUUAAGCUAAAAGGAUAUACCAACUGGGCUAUUGGAUUAAGUGUGGCUGAUCUUAUUGAAUCCAUGUUGAAAAAUCUAUCCAGGAUUCAUCCCGUGUCAACAAUGGUAAAGGUAAGACAAACUACCACAAAAUAUAAUAUGAUUUCUAGCAUUGUAUUCUACAGAAAGAUUCAUUUAAAGAGGCUCAGACCAGAUAAAAUCAUAGUUCAAGUUUUUUUUUGUCUCUCAAAGUUUUAUGUAAACUAUUCUCAUUUUCCAACAGAAGUCUUGGACAACAAGGGCAGAAAACUUACAGAAUCUAAGACACUCAAUAGAUUGUUGUCAUUCUUUAUAUAAUUUUGCAAAUUAAAUAUUAACUCUGAAUCUUAGCACAUUCUGAAAGUAUUGAUCAUUUGAGUAAGUGUAAUAGAGUUUCAUUUAAGUUGGUGUGCUAAACUCUAGAUUGCCUUUCAUAUAGCACUUGAUACCUUAGCAAAUACAGUUUAAUUCAAAAGCUGUGGAGCAAAUGCACAAAACAGAUAGAAAUUAAUGAUUUUUUAAACAAAACUAAAAUUAUAUUAAAAUAUUUCGUAAGACAACUGACUCAUUUGCCACAAGUCAGUGUAAAUCAAGUGUGUCAAUAAUUGGGUAAUUACUGAGUCUUUGGGUACAUAUAUAGGAAUUUGUUUAUUCUAUCUACUUUUGUGUAUGCACAAAAUUUUUGAAAUUAAAAGCUUAAAAACUGACAGUAGGGUAUGUUUAAUAUAAUUAGUUAUAUAGUUAAAUUGACCCUGUGAAUAAAUUAAUUACCCACACGAACUGG